AUGGACGUCGACAUGUCCUCCACCGAUGUUUCGACUCAGAAACCUCAGCAGCAGCAGCAGCAACACAUCCAGAAGGCCGAAUCACCAUCCCAGGCAGGGGGAAGUUCCAGUUCAAAUGUCGCCAACGCGAGCCCCAACCCCCAAGGUAGCUCUGCUGCCUCGGCUGCCGCCGCCGCCGCCGCCGCCGCCGCUGCCAACCACAUGAGUUUUCGCAGGUUCGUCACCAACAGCCAACUCUCGCCAAUCUCGAGUUGUGAUGGUUUGUCUCUGUCGACCAUGAUUCAGUGCGUGCUGACGUCUGCUCUUGAAAUCAAAAAAGGCAACGAGCUUCCAGAGCUUGCGAGCGAGAAGGGUGAAACUGAGGAUCGCUCGCCGAGAGCUCUCGCCACCACCACCACUGCUGCUCCGGGCACUUUCCCGCCGAGAACUCCCGCCGUAUAUCACACCACCGAUGGUACGCCGUCUUCAACCUACACCGAAUCGCAGGCGCGGAAGGAGGAAAUCGACAGCAGUACCUACCUCAACCUGGUCAUGAAGCCCAAGUUCACGCGAGCCCCGAUCACCGAUGCUGGCAGAGUCGCAUAUCUGGGAGAGUCGUCCAACUUGACCUUGUUGGUACACGAUCGUCAGGGUUCUUCCGAUGUUGUCCAUUAUCCUCUGCCUGAGAACGUCAGGGGCUCGCGGGCCCGCCUCACCGAACUCGAUAAUGUUGAGAUUGACAUUCUCCAUCAGCGUGGCGCUUUCCUCCUCCCGCCGAGGUCCCUCUGCGACGAGCUGAUCGACUCGUACUUUAAAUGGGUUCAUCCCAUCGUGCCUGUCAUCAAUCGUACUCGUUUCAUGAGACAGUAUCGCGACCCCAAAAACCCGCCUUCCCUCCUGUUGCUGCAGGCUGUGCUGCUGGCCGGCUCUCGAGUCUGUACGAACCCACAAUUGAUGGAUGCCAACGGCUCAACGACCCCUGCCGCCCUGACGUUCUAUAAGAGGGCCAAAGCUUUAUACGAUGCUAACUACGAGGACGAUCGUGUGACCAUCGUUCAGUCAUUACUGUUGAUGGGUUGGUACUGGGAGGGCCCGGAAGACGUUACCAAAAACGUCUUCUACUGGAGUCGUGUGGCCACCAUCGUUGCCCAAGGAUCUGGAAUGCACCGCAGCGUGGAGCAGUCGCAACUCAGCCGUUCUGACAAGAGGUUAUGGAAGAGAAUUUGGUGGACUCUUUUCACUCGCGACAGGUCGGUUGCUGUGGCCCUUGGACGACCAGUGCACAUCAACCUGGACGACUCAGAUGUUGAGAUGCUCACGGAAGAUGAUUUUAUGGAGGACGAAGGCGACCGAAACAGCGAAUACCCUCCGGAUCCGAUACAUGUUCAAUUUUUCAUGCAGUACGUCAAACUCUGCGAAAUCAUGGGCCUGGUGCUGUCGCAGCAGUACUCCGUGGCGUCGAAAGGACGUCAGCGCAACGCCAUCGAUUUAACUCACAGCGACAUGGCUUUAGCAGACUGGCUCCAGAACUGUCCGAAGAUUGUGUACUGGGAGGUGGCUCGACAUCACUUCUGGUCUGCACUACUGCAUUCGAACUACUACACUACUCUGUGCCUGUUGCACAGAGCCCACAUGCCCCCGAAUGGGGGCACUCGAUUCCCCGAUGAUUCCCCAUAUCCAUCCCGCAACAUUGCGUUCCAAGCUGCCGCCAUGAUUACUUCCAUUAUCGAAAACUUGGCCGCUCACGGCGAGCUUCGCUUCUGUCCAGCUUUUGUCGUCUACAGCCUUUUCUCUGCGCUCAUCAUGCACGUCUACCAAAUGCGGUCGCCGGUCCCAUCAAUCCAACAGGUCACCCAGGACAGGCUACGAACCUGCAUGCAGGCUCUCAAAGAAGUUUCGAGGGUAUGGCUGGUUGGGAAGAUGGUUUACACCCUUUUCGAGUCAAUCAUCGGGAAUAAGGUCCUGGAAGAACGUCUUCAAAAAGCCGCAGGCAAGAGACACAGGAAAGCGCAGCAGACUCUGGCUCAACUGGAACAGCAGCAGCAGCAGGAGCAACAACAACAGCAACAACAACAACAGCAACAGCAGCAACAGCAACAGCAGCAACAGCAACGACCUCAGGAGGCGGCGAAGAGGAAAUACGAUGACAUGGCGAUUGAUUUCAGCGUCAAUACACCCACGCCUCAGGAAUCUUAUGAGCGAUCCCGCCCUCAGACACCUAGUCACAUGAAGAGCGAUGGGUCUUCGCAUCCUCAAGGGAUGCCACCGCCAACGUCUCCGGGUGCCCGGCAAAAUGCAGAUACCUUCAUGGGCGGAACAUCGUCGAGACCACAGACGAGGCCUGCGACUCCAUUCAAUCCUUCAUUCUCUGUACCGGCCACGCCGCCGGACCUGUACCUGGUGACCCGAAAUUCACCGAACAUUUCCCAGUCACUAUGGGAAAACUUUCAGCCAGAUCAAUUAUUCCCUGACAGCGCCAGUAUGCCAGCCUUCCCGCAAACGUCUCCCCCGCCCCCGAACCAGCAGGCCAUGGAUGCCAAUCUUAUGGCACAGCUUCAGAACCCUACCCUGCAGGGCGGUCUCACAGGACCGAGUAACCAAUUCCAGCAAAGAGGUUCCAACAAGGGAGGCCUGAGCGGUAGCCCUCCUCAAGGCCACAACGUGGUCCCGGGGUUGCAGGGUUUCCAACAACAGCAGCAAUCACAACAAGGGCAAAACAACUUAAACAGCAACCUGUGGACGGCCAACUUCGACGGUUUGAUGCCAGAUGGACACAGUCCAAGCGACAGCUGGAGUACAGGAUCGGCCCAGGGCCAACCCGUUCCCAACACUCUCAACGUCGAAGAUUGGUUUCAAUUUUUUGGUAUAAACAAUGGCGAUUUGGCCAGUAUGAACAUCGACUUGGGUCUGGAAGCAUGGUCGUCAUCCGAAUUGUAUACAGCCUUCUUCGCCUAUGAUGUCGCCCCGUCCACUUAG